GAAAAUUGCAAGAUUUUGUUUUCAGGCCAAUAGGUGCAUUCAGAUCAAGGAAUGUGAGAGACUCCAGGCCUUGAAGACUUGUGAUCCGUUACACUGAUAUUGUGAAUUUUUUUGGAUGUGUCAGUAUUCAGUCCAUCCUUCUAACAGACUUGUCUCAACCUUUUGGAUAACUCUGCCAGAUGCGAUUUUUUUCCCAGACUGAACUGACCUGGAUACGCGACAUGGACAACAGCACUGCCGAAACUCCGCGUGUGGCUGGAGCAUUUAAUGAGACUUUCUCCACACAGUCGCCGAGCUCCGAGUUUUCACAGGGCGUGUUGGUGCUGCUGGCCUUCCUCAUGGUGUUGCUAGCUCUGGUCACCAUCCUCGGGAACGUCUUGGUGAUCCUUGCUUUCAUCAUGGACAGAAGCCUCAGGCAUCGGAGUAACUAUUACUUUCUCAAUCUCGCCAUUUCUGACUUUGCAGUGGGUGCGUUCUGCAUACCUAUCUACAUCCCUUACAGCCUGACGGGGAAAUGGAACUUGGGAAGAGGCAUCUGCAAGCUCUGGCUGGCUCUGGACUAUCUCCUGUGCACAGCUUCAGUAUUUAACAUUGUUCUUAUCAGCUAUGACCGUUUCCUGUCAGUUACUAAAGCUGUGUCUUACAGAGCCCAGCAGGGAAUAACGUCCAACCCUGUCAUCAAGAUGGUGGCCAUCUGGGUCUUUGCCUUCCUCCUCUACUGCCCGGCAAUCAUCUUUUGGGAGCAUGUGGCUGGACACAGCGUGGUACCGGCAGAUCAGUGCUACGCUGAGUUCUUCCACAACUGGUACUUCCUCCUUUGUGCAUCCACCCUGGAGUUCUUUGUGCCGCUGCUCUCAGUGACCUACUUCAACGUGCACAUCUUCCACAACAUCCGGAGGCGCCAGCGGCUCGGCAGCACGCAGGACUGCGAGCCUCCAAAGAGUGACAGCCUGUCCUGGAGAUUUUGCUUCUUGCUGAGGCUAGGAGUGGUUUCUCCUUCAUUGGAAAGAGAGGACAGUGUUUCUUCCACCAUGAGGCCAAAGAAAGACUCUUUGGCAGCUGAGAGCUCAUCUCCAUCCAGAAGCAGUUCUGUAACCCCAGCGAAUGACUUCUCUGUUUCUUUCUGUACAAAGACCAGAUCAAAACUGCAGCAGGACAAGAAAAUAGCGAAGUCACUUGCCAUAAUUGUAUGUGUGUUUGCCAUUUGCUGGGCCCCAUACACUUUACUAAUGAUUAUUCGUGGGGCCUGCAAAGGAACUUGUGUUCACAACUCCUUGUAUGAAAUAACCUUUUGGCUUUUGUGGAUCAAUUCCUCUCUGAAUCCAUUUCUCUAUCCUCUCUGUCAUGAUAAAUUUCGAAUGGCUUUCAUGAAAAUAUUAUGUCCCAAAAAGUUUGCAACAUUGAGAUCAGGCUCUUUUUAGAAGGAAAAAAAAAAAAAAAAGGCUCAAGAGCAGCUGGACGAGGGAUGUACGUAGCUGCAGUUGAAAAUUAGAAUUAGUCUCUUCCAGGAGAUUAGCCCAGUUAGAAAGCCUAGAUAAGCUUUCCACAAUGUAUGUUGUCCUUCAGACAAACACACAUGCCGAAAGUUUGUGUACUUUUUUCCAGCUAUUUCAAUUGGCCAGAUAAAGCAUAUUGCCUCUGUCUGACUUCCCCUAGCAGUCUAUCCACAUCAUCUUCAUUCUGGUUGUUGAAGAUACUAUCUUCAAUUGCAGUGCAGCAUGUCUUUGUGUUCAUGGAUAGUAUUAGUUAAAAAUACAGUAAAGGUGGGUAUUUGCCAUAAGGUCGAUAGUAUUCUAAAGUUAGUAUCUUCUCUAUUCUGUUUCUUUUGAACAGUUUGUACUGCAUUCAGAAGCAUUUUUUUCCUUACCAUAAAACAUCCAGUUAAGUUAUGACUUUAGUUGUCAGGCACAUAGCAGGAUUACUUCCAUUCGCUAAGGAUGUUCCAACAUCAGUGGAACACAGGGACUACUUUUAAAAACUGAAGUGGUGUUCUUUGCAGAAGGGCAUUAAUCCGUCUACUUGCUCAGAGGCAGCAGUAGAGAAUUUAGAUGCGUUUAUGUGCAUCUCCAGCUAUUCUUCAAGAAACAAGCCUUCUGUGGCUAUAGUUUUGAGAGAUCAUAGAAAAAAAUAGUAUUUGUUCUUAGUCCAUGAGGGAAAAAAUAUGCUGCUGCUGGCGCAGAGGAGAAUGUGUGCAGCAGUCCGAGUGUCUCUAAUGCUGCAUAGCGCCCUCUGAAUCCUUUUGUAACUCCGAGCGAAGCUCUAACUCGCACUGUGAAAAAUGCUGGUCUUACAAGCCCUGCCCAUUUCCAAAUAUGAUGUAAUGCACAGGGACCAACUCUACUCCACAGCAAAGAAAAUCCCGAUUCAGUUCAGCAUCCCAGUGGGCAAGUACUUUGAAUAAUUGAGAAACAGGCUAAAUGUGAAUAUUAUAUCUCAUUUGUCCUCUUCUGUACUUCUGAGGCUGAGAGAGUUGGGGUUCCUCAGCCUGGAGAAGAGAAGGCUCCGGGGAGACUUUAUAGCAGCCUUCCAGUACCUGAAGGGGGCCUACAGGAUGGAGAGGGACUUUUUACAAGGGCAUGUAGCGAUAGGACGAAGGGUAAUGGCUUCAAACUAGAAGAAGGUAGAUUUAGACUAGAUAUUAGGACGAAAUUUUUCACUGUGAGGGUGGUGAGGCACUGGAACAGGUUUCCCAGGGAAGUUGUGGAUGCCCCAUCCCUGGAAGUGUUCAAGGCCAGGCUGGAUGGGGCUUUGAGCAGCCUGGUCUAGUGGGAGGUGUACCUGUCCACGGCAGGGUGUUGGAACUGGAUGAUCUUCAAGGUCCCUUCCAACCCAAACCAUUCUAUGAUUCAUGAUUCUAUUUCUGUUACAAGCCCUUUGUUGGAGGUUAUGAUAAAUGGCUGAAUUUCUUACACAUGGUGUAAGGCUGCGUUUGGUUUGCUGCAUGACACAGGAAAAUGACCGACCUUGAUGACUACCUAUACUGUGCGUGGUGCCUUAGCUGAGACAGCAUGGAGGUCAUCUUCUCCAAACUGUUAAGGGUUAUUUAGUUGCACAACUCUGGAAUUACCAGGUACUAGAUUCCUUACUAAAUAAACAGGUGUAACUCUUUAAAAUACAAAUAGUUUCUUUUCAUCACACUGUCAGUAAGUAUAAGGCUAGCAAAUUAAUGGAAGAAUAAAUACUAAAGAAACGAGAGGGAGUGGAUGUCUCUUUUUAUCUUCCAAUUUUAUUUAGUGUAUAUUCAUACAGUAUAUUCGUAUAUUUUACUGAACACUCAUCUGAAUGUUAUCCUUCUGGUCUGAACUACCACUUAAUCACAGUUAUUUGGUUUGCUAUACUAUAUGACAAU